AACAACGACGACAAUGUCAGCCCCAAGCUCACAAGGGACUAUGUACUGUCCAUGAGAAGAGCGACCACUAUAAAGUCUGGAAGAUCAUACCAGAAGCAGUGCUGAUGAGAGCAGUGGGAUUGCAGUAUCCUCAGAGUCGUUCUCAGCGGAAUCUGGAUGGAAUCGAAGAGCUGGUUCGUCGGGCCAUCAGGCUUCCGGAGUCGAGAUGAGAGGUUGAAGAUCGAUGCUUCAAAUAAGGUUUCAGAAGAAGAUGGUUCCGACGUGAGUGCAACUGAGACAGCAACUGGCGAGACUAGCUUCGCCGAGCCAAUAAAUGACCAACUGUAUGUGCUGUAUGAACCGUCGGAUGGAAAUUAUGACAUGGAGAUAAUAUUUGUGCACGGCUUUUAUACUGAAGGCUCUAGUGAUCCCUGGAGGACGACAUGGACCAACAAGGAUGGCACAUGCUGGCCAAGAGAAUUCUUGGGAACAAGGUUCCCAAGAAUUCGUAUAUUAUCGGUGUCUUAUGAUGCUUGUGUGAUUACGAAUAGUACCCAGGGCCGAAUGAGAUUGUCCACCGUUGCAGAAAGUCUAUUGGUCAACUUUUUCCUUUCAAGCAGCAAUGUUGGGCAGACAAACAACUGCCCAGUUUUUUUCGUCGGCCAUGGUAUGGGAUGCUUUGUGAUUAAGAAUCUGAUCAUCAAAGUAUCUCAACGAUAUCGUCAGUUCGAAAAGGAAAGGGCGAAGCUGUUGGAGAACGUAGGUGGCUUUGUGUUCUACUCUCCUUUCAACUCCGGAGCCGAAACGAGUUUGUAUGAAAAUGAGCCUGGUAAAAGUAAUUCACUGACGGACGUCAUGAAAGUACACAAUCCAGAUCUUAGUGAACUCAAUGCAGAUUUCGCAAACCUUCGAAGCCAAAUGAAGGAGGAGCGAAAGUCGAGGAAUUUGUGGAAGGUUUUGACUAUCUGCGAGUCACAUGAAACAGAGUCAAGAACGCGCAGCGGUUUGCAAAGAUCAGAGACCUUUGUUAAAGAGGGAACGGCCAGACAGGACUGCGAAGUGUUCAUGUUUGGAGUUGGUGACCAUUUUAAUGUCUGCAGACACCAGUCAACAAAAGACGUUGCAUAUCAGUGCUUCGAAAGUCAGCUGAAUUCUACCCUGGAGAGUAUUAGAAACUCUUUGAAGGAAAUUCUUCCCCGGGAGAGUAUUCGAAACCCUUCGGAGGAAAUUCUUCCCCCGGAGAUUAUUAGAAACCCUUUGGAGGAAAUUCUUCCCCGGAAGCGGUUCAGUAUCCUAUUUCCUUACAAACUCCCUUUCUACAGUUACGAAGCAUUCGUGGAGGCUGCCAAGACAUUUGUCCCACAAGGCUUUGGUGUCGAUGGAUCCGAGGAUGAAAAGAGAAGGGAGAUCGCAGCUCUUCUUGCCCAUUUUGACCAUGGAACCUCUGGACUCACAUACAAGGAGUACCUCCCACCGGCAGAAGCAUAUUGUCGACCCAGUAACGAGUUUCCUUGUCAUCCAGGAAAAAGCUAUCAUGGUCGAGGGCCAUUGCAGCUAUGCAUGAACUACAACUACAAACUCUGCGGCCAAGGUAUAGGUGACGACAGCCUAUUGUCCUGUCCCGAAAAGCUAUCAGAAGAUCCCGUCAUUGCAUUCAAAGCAGCACUCUGGUUCUGGUGUACGCCCCAGUGCCCCAAGCCAUCGUGCCAUUCUGUCAUGACUGGAAUGUGGACUCCAACAAAGAAGGACAUCAAAGAUAAAAGGUUGCCGGGCUUUGGAUUGACUAUCAAUAUAAUAAAUGGAUAUCAACCUGAUAAGCGUGUCAAGAAGUAUAUACACUUUUGUAAGCAAUUGAAAGUCGACCCAGGAAAAAAUAUUGAUUGCAGUGGUCAGAAGAUGUAUGGAUAACUCGGAGCACGUACAAGGACUGAGGAAACCGUCUCUGACUAGAUGAAUCCGAAAUAUAUAAGAUUGAAAAUCUCUCUGUAGAUGGCGCUUUUCCGGAAUGAUUGGAGGCGAAGAAUGUAAAACAGUGUUCUAUUGCCAAAAUAAAGCUCUGUUGUCUUCCGUAAUCCAUGUAAA